AUGUUGAAUUCCUCUAUUUCUAGCAUUGCCCAGUUGCUUAAACUUGCUAGGCCAAACCCAAAUGAAAAAUCACCUGGUUUUCCUGGGCUUCUUGUUGAUAAUCUUGACUUGAAGUUGGUGAAAUCUACUUUGGGUUGGAACAAGAGAGUCAGGGUUUUGCGUGAAAAGCGACUGAGUGAUUUCCCUGAUAGAGCUCGCCUCCUUUAUGCCAUUGGGAACAAUGUGCCCAUUGAUCUGGCCACCUACAUUUUCCGUGCCAUAUGCUGUGCUGCAUUCCCAACUUCCAUGCCCGACUCCCUGCCUUUUCCGUCCUUGAUCACGUGCUUCACCAUGGCUUCUCGCGUGCCAGUUGAGCCUACGGAUAAGCUUUAUUCUCCUUGGUCGCCUUUGGACAACAUGUGGAUUUUUGUCUAUAGCUUUACUCCAUCUUCUCCUCCGGUUAAGCACCCUCAAACGGUGGUGAGCCACACGCUGUUCAAACAAAGGGGGGAAAUUGGGUCAGAAGGGGAAAUAGGAGAAGAGGGCUUAAGUGAAUCUUCCUCUUACGCAAAUAAAGAUGCUGAUGAGGUUGUCACAUUUAAGUUUUGCCAUGGAGGUAAACUAGUUAAAAAUACAAAGGACAGUCAAUGGUCUUACUUGGGUGGUGAAGUCAGUUGGUUUGAUUACUGUGAGGUUGACUAUAUGUCCAUGUUAGAGCUAUUUGGAAUGGCUAAAGAUUUGGGAUAUGACGAUGGGUAUGAUGUGAGUUUUUAUGGUGAAGAGUUUGGAACUAGUAGACUCAUUCAUAUAAUAUCUGAUAGUACGCUUUUAGCUUGUAUGAGCAUGGUACCUAAAAGCAAUGGCAGACUGAUAGUUUUGUACUUGAAGGUAGUGAGCUUGACUUCAAGCCAAGUGGGGAAUGAUAACAGUGAUCAAGAAUAUUCUUGUUUUGCUGAUGAUGAUAGCAGUGAUCCAGACUUUGAAGACAGUGACUAUGCACAGAGUGAUGAAGAGAUUGACUUAUUAAAGAAUGAUGAUAAGUGGUUUAAAGGUUAUGUGGAUCAUAGUUGCAUUGACAAUGAUCCUAAUGCACAGGAAAAUGAUGAGUCAGACAAUGGAGAAGAGUCACCUACACUUACCUGCCCAAUAGCUCUUCAAGUGAAGAUGAUGCAAAAAGCUGUGAGGAUAUACUCCAUUAAUUGUGGAAGGGAGUUGAUAUUUAUGAAUAAUGACCGUAACAAAAUAAGAGCAGCAUGUGAAGAGGGCUGUCCUUUUGUUAUCCAUGCUUUAAGUGUUAGUGGUACCACUUAUCUGCAGAUAUUCAGGGAGUUAAGGCUCAAUCCAAAUUGGACUGCUUCUUCUUUUGCAGAGCAAGUUCACCAAGACUAUGGUUACAGACCAUCUAGAGCAACUGUGAACAAAGCAAGAGCCAUGGCAGUUGACAUUGUAGAGGGGUCUUACAGUAAACAAUAUGAAGUAUUGUGGGAUUAUUGUCAUGAGUUAAGAACCAGAAAUGUGGGAAGUACAGUUAUCAUUAAAUCUGAAAUGGAAGCCUGCAAGAAUGGGUUUUUAGAUGGUUGUAGGCCUGUGGUUUGCUUGGAUGGGUGCCAUGUCAAAGGGCCUCGCCCCGGGCAAGUGCUUUCUGCAAUGGGAGUUGAUGCAAACAACGGAAUGUUUCCACUUACCUAUGCAUAUGUAGAGAUUAAGAGCAAUUCAACAUGGCUGCGAGGUCUUGCUUUGAAACAUCAAAUGGAAGCAAUUGCUAAGGCCACAACAGUGCCAUGGUUUCAUAUGGAGAUGAGAAAGAUAUUGGAGUUGUCUAAACCUGCACAUGAUUGGCGUGCAUAG